AUGACGCAAAAAGGGAUUGACCUAAUAUCAAAGCUGCCACCACAGACGCUCAAGCUUCAAGGCCGAUAUACUUUGAAAAAAGGCAUUGUAUCGAACUUGACAGGAAUAACAUAUGACGCCAGAUAUGCGCUCAUCGCAGUGGACCCAAGUAAGUUGCAACUUGAAGCGACUAGAAACUUCAAGCCUUCAAUCUGGCUUCAUGUUUGGAAUCACCGGGACCAGGACAGCCUCAAAAUCCUUGAAAAUUGUAGCUCGAAGCCACCACAUCGCCUCAAAGAGUGUGAAAGACAAACUGCGAGCCCUUCUACGCGAAACUGCGAGCCCGUCGCCGUCGUCACGUCCUUCAUGCAACCCGACUACUCCACAAUGGACCCAUACCCCCUCAUUGCAUUUGCCCUGCGCAUGCCUUCUCGAAUGGCAUAUUUGCUUGACGCAGCACAGCCAGACCAAGCAUCCCACAUGGUUGUGAACUUGCUCUCUGCGGAGCAAGCCUCCAUUUCUGUCAAAUUUCAAGACCGGACUUGCCAUCCCCCUACACGACUUGGAAUUGUUGGAGGGGUAGAGCAGAGAGGAAAUGAUGAAUUCCCCGCUCGAAGAUUGUCCGUCUUCAAAGCUCUUCAUUGCACGUGUCACACGUGUCACACGUGUCGAGAGUUCGCCGAGCGACCACGAUGGCAGUUUACCGUUGCUCUACCAUCGACGACAAUACACGAGUUGUCAAAUACCACCUUGUUCGCCGGCUAUGGACACAUAUAUUUCUUUCUAGUAGAUACACAAGCGCUUCUCGUCGAAUCGCCUACCACAGAGGAAGCACUUUGUUAUUCAUCCACCCUGUACGAGACUUCGAAAGAGUCGUAUUACUCAUAUCCGAACCUCAGCCCAGAUUCAGUCCCUGGGAUAUAUUUUCCUGGGGUUGCCAUCUUCAAAGACGGUCUUGAUCACAAUCGCGUGGGUCUGAGUGGCGCGUCGUCUCGGUCAUCAGUGUUGCUGCCCCCUACGGACCGAUACUUGAAGAAGAUAAGCUAA